CCUCAGGCUAUCAUGUGAUUCCAGAACUGGGCAGGAGGAGUCAUGCAUUCCAACUGUGCUGCUGAAAACGGGCGGCAGCCCCAGGAAGUUGCCCGGCUGAUCAAGAAGCACCUGGUGUACUCCAUCAAAGCCCUGCAGAAGCAUUAUGUGACGUCUGAUGCACUUGUGACCAGUGAUGACGGGGAUGCCAACACUCUCUGCUGUGCACUGGAGGCGGUGUUUGUGCACGGGCUGAAAGCCAAGCACAUCAAGACGGAAGCUGGAACCAAAGGGAGGAAACUGGGGGGGCGCCCACCCCUUCCCCAGCCAGUUUUCUGGCCUCUUCUAAAAUCUGUCACACACAGAAACAUAAUUUCUGAACUGGAAUGCUUGGCCUUCAUCAACACAGAUGUGGGGCGCUGCCGGGCGUGGCUCAGACUGGCGCUGAACGACGGCCUGAUGGAAUGUUACCUGAAGCUCCUCCUCCACGAAAAGCCCCGCCUCUCGGAGUAUUACCAUUCACCGGCCCUGCUGCUGGACGCCGAGGAGUGCGAGUUCCUCCUGAGUUACCUGCGGGGCUUGUCCUCCCUGGCCUUUGACCUCUCUUACAAGUCAGCAGUUUUGAAUGAAUGGACGGUCACUCCUCUCUCGCUUUCAGGGCUGUGCCCUGCCUCAGAACUGCUGGACCCCUUGGUGAGUUUGGAGCCACGGAGGAAGGAGUCGCUGGGCUCUCUCUCGCAGUCUUCUGGCUCUGAUGAGGUCGAAGGUCACCCCGCUGCCAUGCCUCUUGCAAAAAGCCAGCAGAUAGAGAAACUCAUGGCAUCCAAUCUGAGCAUUAGCACGACGGGAUCCUCGCAGCUCUCCUCCAGCCUUGGCUCGGACAGCCUCCUCCCUGGGAGCUGUACCCAAAGCCCAGGCCAGGGUGACGGGCCCAUCUCAGAUUGUGCUGAAGUUGGCACCGUGGCUGCAAGAGACUUGGACCGGUCACUCCAAGAGGUGUUAGCAGAAUUCAGCAGAGCUCAAAAGAAACUGGAAUCUGCAGAAGAGAAGCUAAGCCCCAUCCUAGCCAACUCUUCCCUGCCACGGGGCCCCUCUCCUGUGGCUGGCUUCUGCACUGCCCCCCUUCCUUGUCCUGAAGUAGCUGAAAGCCCUGCUGUCGUCCAGUUGCCUCCUCCCCCUGCAGACCCACAGCCUCCCAGUGGAGUCCUCCCACUAAAAACAGGUAAAACAGCAAAGGACUCGAUAGCCCUUAGUGCCGGGGUGGAGCCUGCACCCGAGCGAAUCGGAGCACACAUCGCCAGACGAGACCGGGAUGCACCCCAGAUUCACUGUGAAGUAGAAGCGAGCAUCUGCCACAUGAAUGGCCACGAUGGAAACCAGCCAGGGAUGGGAGAACUUCCCUCACCAGCCUCUCCGAAAACAAAUUGGAUCACUGAGGAUGAUUUUCACCUUCCUCCUUCUGAGGAGGUGGGGAAGGGGCCCUCCUCUUCGCACUGGCCUUCUCCAGAGAGAGCUGCUGACGCCCAGCUGCUGAUACAAAGUGAUGCCAUGCAUCAGGGCAUGCUUCCUAUGCCCUCCCCAGAGGCCAGGAAAUCCAGACCAUCCCCUGAGCAGGAAUCAAAGGGUUUUAGCGUAGUUCAUCGGAGGCAAAUAGGCCUUUCCAAUCCAUUCCGUGGCCUGCUGAAGCUGGGGAACCUGGAGCGGCGGGGAGCCAUGGGCAUCUGGAAGGAGUUCUUCUGCGAGCUCUCACCCUUCGAGCUGCGCCUCUUUGUGGACAGUGAGGAGCGGGUGUGUGUGGAGAGCUGUUCCCUGCUACGCUGUGACUCCCUGGGGUGGGUUCACAAUGACGGCCGCUUCGACCUGGUCUUCUCGGGCAAACAGCUUUGCCUUCGGGCCUCCUGUCAAGAUGAGGCAGAGGACUGGCUGGACCGGCUGCAUGAAGCGCUUCAGAAGUGCCGGCCUCAGCCAGAGGAGGACUGGGAAACGAUUGAGUGCCCGGAAGUGGUGGAGGACCUCGAGGUGAGCCCUGCCGGCGGGGAGCCUGGCAGUCUGUCGGGCUUCUUGCAGUUCGAAAACGGGCUGGACUGGACGGGUGCCCUGGCCCCCGAGCUGGACGCGGUCAAGGAGUCUGUCCUGUACCUGGAAGCCGAUCGGGCCUGGGUCCCUUUUGUGUUCUCCUUGUCCUUAGAAGCCUUGAAGUGCUUCCGAACCAGGAAUGGCGAGAAAACCCUGAGCAACAGCUACGGGGUUGAGACCAUCCAGGACAUCCUUCCCGAUGUGAGCCUGGGCGGGCCAGCCUUCUUCAAGGUCAUCACCUCGAAAGCGGUGCUGAAGCUGAGAGCCCAGAAUGCGGAGGAGGCGGCCGACUGGAGAGACCUAGUCCGCCAAGUUCUGAUGUCCUACCUGGAAACCGCCGAGGAGGCCCUGACACUCGGAGGCAACCUGGACGGGACCUCGCAGGCCAUCUUGAAGAACACCGUCAAGGAGAACGGCUUCCUCCUGCAGUACUUGGUUGCCAUCCCCACGGAGAAGGGGCUGGAUUGCCAGAGCUUUAUUUGUGCAGGCUGCUCCAGACAGAUUGGCUUUUCCUUUCCAAAGCCCAAGUUGUGUUCAUUCACAGGCCUCUAUUACUGUGACAGCUGCCACCGGGACGACGAGCUGGUGAUUCCUUCACGCCUGAUCCAUAACUGGGAUCUCACCCGGUAUCCAGUCUGUCGCCAGGCGCUGAAAUUCCUGACCCAGAUUUGCAACCAGCCCUUGAUUGACCUGAAGCUGGUGAAUGAGACCCUCUAUGACCACGUGGACCUCAUGAGGAGCAUCUGCAGGAGUCGUGAGCAGCUGAAGCUCCUUGGGGACUACCUCGUCCUCUGCCGUAGUGGCGCCUUGAAGGAGAUCACCAAGCGGCUUGACCACCGGCAUUACCUCCUGGAAAGUCUCCAUAAAUACAGCGUGGCUGACCUGAAUCAGAUAGCAGACGGUGUGUUUGAGACAUUCCUUCAGUCCCUGAUUCAGUUUGCUUCCCACCACGUCUACAACUGUGACCUUUGCACCCAGCGUGGUUUCAUCUGCCAGAUCUGUAACAGCAACGACAUCAUCUUUCCCUUUGAGUUCAACACGACGACCAGGUGUAGCGAGUGCAAGACGGUCUUCCACAGCAGCUGCCACGUGAAUGCUACUUUCUGCCCCCGCUGUAUCCGCCGGCAGAAGUACCAGCAGAAGCUGCAGGCGUCCCACUGGCAAUGAGCU